ACAAUAAUGAAUUGAAAUAACAUGAAACAAAGUAACUGAAAUGUGAACUGGUACAUUAUGCCUGGUGGAAGACGUAAUGCUGCUAGUAGAAAUGGACAAACUAAAUCUCAAGCUAAUUUUUCUGUAUCUUCAAAUAUUGGUAUAAGAAGCAAUAGUGGAGAAAGAACAGCUGGAAGUGGUGCAGAUGAUAAGAAAUCUGAGGAAUAUCGUGGUAUAAAAGCAUUGGUGCCAAAACAUGUACCUAUACCAGUUGUACCUAUAGAUGGUCAUUUAACAUUUGAAGCUGUGUCUUUAGUUGUGUCAAUUAUUGCAGCUUCAUUACAAAUGCUUAAUUUAUAUAGAACUGUUUGGUGGUUACCUCAUUCUUAUAAUAAUUAUAGUAUGAAUUUCUAUUUAAUAGAUCCUUAUUUACUUAUAUUUAUCAUAACUAUGGUUGCAAGGCAAUUCAUUUAUUCUUUACUACGUCGGAUUAUUGAUAUUUCAUCACCAGUUCGUUGGUUACCUACUGCUCAAAAAAUGAUGAGGAUAAUUUUGUUAAUUAUUGUGAUGAAUAUACUGUGCUGGUGUCUGUAUCACAUGGCUGAAAGGCACAACUCAAUGAAGAUUUUUUACUUAUGUUAUCCAAAUUUAUCUGUAUAUUUUGUAAUGUUUGGUGUAAGUGCAGCACCAUUUUUUGAUAUAUCAACACCUUUAUAUAGUAAAGAUGAAAAGAAAACAAAAUUUCUAAUGGAUAAACCUUUACAUAAUUGCUCAUUAAAUGCAUCAGCAAUUAGAGCAGAAGUCUCAACAUUAAGAUCUGAUUUUAAUCGUCGUUUAAAACGAGCUUUAUUUGCAUCUUCUAGUAGCGCUUAUGUAUGUGGUAUUGCACCCAUCAUAUUUGUACCUCAACAUUUACAUUUUAAUGUUUCAUGGGUCGUGCAACAUGUUAUUAUGUUCUGGCUUGAAAGGAUAAGUGCUCACUUCUCACAUGCUUAUCCCAUCAGGUACUGUGACGUCUUACAUAGAGCAGCAUUACAUCUAGGUCAAUGGGUUAAAAUUGAAAAUCGUAAUAGUCAUACUUAUGCUCAAGCCUGGAAUGAUUCUGUUUUGUGGCCUCAUGGUUCAGUUGUGAGACAUAAUAAAGAAAUUUAUCGUUCAGAAGGUUUAUGUACUGUAGCAGAACCAGGAAAUUCAAAUCAUUACAGAUUUUAUGCGUUAUUUAGCAAUCCCACGAUGUUAUUUCGUUCAUUGAUGGGCUUGCAAUUUCUUCUUGUCUGUGCACAAUUAUUUAUUUUAUUACGCACAACUGAUUGGUAUCAAGUACUAUCAAUAACAUUGCUUCUUGUGAUCAACUAUUAUACCUUAUUUAAAGUUAUUAGAGAUUACCUUAUCUGUUUGAAACUGUAUCAUACCGAACAAAUAAUACAAGAAAAAUCGCAAAUGAUUGCAAAUUCUGUUGUUCAAUAAAUAAAUAUUUAAGGAAAA